GAGCUGCUGUUCAGAUCUGUGUGGCAGUGACGGGGGACGGGGUCAUAAAGGCCCCCGGGCACUGCAUUUAUUGGUCAUGUGGUCUGGCUGAGGUCAGAGGUCAGGGAUGCUUCUUCCACUUUAUUUUAUUCACCAAAGUGAACCUUGAACUCUGGGACUGCGUCUUCUAAUAAUGGAGCCCGAGAUCGUGUGUGUGAAGGACAGUGUUUCUAAGAUGAGUCCGAGUCUCGAGUCCAAAUGGACCUCACCAGCCUCUUCCUCUAGAAUCUGCACCAAGUGACUGGUAGCCUUGUUGUAUUAGACCUGAUCCAUCUGUUCCAGAUCAUCUGUCCAUCUUUCUCAUUUGUUUUCACUCACUGAAUCAUUUUUUUUCAUCGGGGUGAGGAGGCUUAUGAGGGCCAGAGUUGGGGUGGGAUCUCAGGGGAGAGGUCAGAAGCGCCAUCUCUCCGUGGUGUUUCGGAGGCUGUUGUCGUAUAGCUACAAGUUGAGAAUGCAAAAUCAUUUCUCUAAAACUAAUACAGUCAAGAUAUAUAUUCAUGAUUCAGUUUCUCCUGUCACGAUAGAAGACAAGUUGUCUCUGUGGAAGUGUAUUUUUGAAAGUGUGUACUCGAACUUGACUCUAGCAAAGACUCUUGCUGGAAUAAAGUAGAUGGGGAAAGUCACCAGCUGCUCCGGGUUCAGGCCCCUCCCACACCGAACCAGCCUAUCUGCGCCUCAAAAUGGCGGCAGUCGAUCCGAUGACAUCACGCCACAUCUGUCAGUCAAACGGCCAAUGAUCACCUGCGUUUCAUCUGCUCCCACUUUAUUAUCCCGCUGGACGUCCACAUCGCCUGCAGGCCCCUUUUUUACUGGCGGGGGGUUCAGAUGUCAAUCGUCAGGUUCAGAUGUUCCGGGACGUGUGAAGUGGAUUCACACCUGCCGCCCAGUCCAACUCCUGAGGUGCCCCGCUGCCCUCGUCCUCUCCUUCACCUCUGCAGGAAUGUCCCGCACUUCCUGCCGCUCCGCGCAACAAAAGUCGGGUCAAACACUGGACACUAGAAGCUUUUGUGGACGCUCGGUUACGACUGUGACUUUCUGUCUGGAAACACGGUGUUAACGGCGGACGGGUGUUUGACCACUUUGGAGUGGAACUUUUUUAACAAGCGAAGGGAUGUGAUUUGUCAGCGGGAGGUCGGGGAGCUUCAGCUCCUCUCAGCUGGUCCAUCUGAAACCAGUCAUCAUAGAGUUGGUCAUAUUUCUGGAUCAGACUUUCAACAUUUAAACGUGUGUGGAAGACCCGCCUCCGGCUUCACAAGCACUGGCUGUUCUGAGGCAGAGGGGCGUGGUUGAGGAGGAGGAGGAGGAGGCGGGUUCUGGGAGGGCAGUGGUGUUGGAGACAAACCAUCUGGUCGCACACACUCGCGCGCUGGUGCUGAGACGGGAUAUGGAGCCUGCUGACAGCUGCGGCAAAGCAACGCUGGAUUUAGGACCUGGUGUUAGACAUGGGGCCUCUGGUCUGCUGAGAGGACUUUAGGUAGAACAAGCUCCACUUUCCUGGUCCACCGUGGAGAGUCCCCUGCGCUCAGUCUCUGGGUCCGAUGAGUUCCACCAGAGCUGCGGCGUCCUCGGCCGGCCCUCAGGACCCAAUGGAACACAAGGUCCGUAAACUGACCUCUGGCUGCCAGCGCAGCUCCACCUCCGACGACGACUCCGGCUGUGCGCUGGAGGAGUACGCUUGGGUGCCACCGGGCCUCCGACCCGAGCAGGUCCAGCUCUACUUCUCUUGCCUGCCGGAGGAGAGGGUUCCGUACGUCAGCAGUCCUGGAGAGAAGGUCCGAGUCAUGCAGCUCCUCCACCAGUUGCCCCCCCACGACAACCAGGAGCGUUACUGUCACUCCCUCAGCGAGGAGGAGAAGAAGGAGCUGCACAUGUUCAGCGUCCAGAGGAAGGAGAAGGCCUUGGGGCGGGGCUCCGUCACCACCCUGCCGCGGAAUCUCUACGGCGCCACCUGCGAACACUGCGGCGAGGGCUUCAGCGGCGGCGAGAUGACAGUGAUGGCGGCAAGGGCGGGGCCUGAGCACCACUGGCACCCUGCAUGCUUCACCUGCUUCACCUGCCAAGAGCUUCUGGUCGACCUCAUCUACUUCUACCAGGAAGGGAAAGUCUACUGCGGGCGACACCACGCCGAGAUGCUCAAGCCGCGCUGCUCCGCUUGCGACGAGCUCAUCUUUGCGGACGAGUGCACGGAGGCCGAGGGACGUCACUGGCACCUGAAGCACUUCCGCUGCACCGAGUGCGACCACGUUCUGGGGGGCCAGCGCUACAUCAUGAAGGAGGGCCGGCCGUACUGCUGCGGCUGCUUCGAGUCGCUCUACGCCGAAUACUGCCAAGCCUGCGCUCAGCACAUCGGUGUGGAUCACGCCCAGAUGACCUAUGACGGCUUGCACUGGCACGCCACCGACCAGUGCUUCCGCUGCAUGCAGUGCUGCUGCUCCCUGCUGGGCCGGCCCUUCCUGCCCCACCAGGGCCGGAUCUACUGCUCCAAGUCCUGCAGCGUCGGAGAAGACCACCACGCCUCAGACUCUUCCGACUCCGCCUUUCAGUCAGCGCGGUCCCGUGAGUCUCGGCGCAGCGUGCGCAUGGGCAAGAGCAGUCGCUCGGCCGACCAGUGCCGACAGUCGCUGCUGUUCUCGCCGGCCGUGGACUACAAGUUUCAAGGUUUGGCCGAGACCGGCGAGGAUACGCUAACAAGGAACCUCGCACACAUGGACCUGUCGGUGGAGCGGCUGUGGAGGGGACACGGCGGAGAGGACGAGGGUCCCGAGGACAGGGAGGAAGAGUGGGCCGAGCAUGAGGACUACAUGACGCAACUGUUGCUGAAGUUCGGAGAGCAGGCGGUCCUCCAAGAGUCCAGAACAGCAGAGCGAGGGGCGGAGCCUCUGAGCAGGGGGGAGAAAGGUCUGGCCAGUAAGAAGUACGACAUGUACUGGGCCCAGUCCCAGGACGGACUCGGAGACUCAGCCUACGGAAGCCACCCUGGGCCAGCAAGCAGCAGGAAGAUCCAGGAGCUGGAGCUGGACCAUGGAGCCGGGGGCUGUGAGGCAAGUGAGUCCCAGUGGUUCAGUGGGUCUCUGGAGUUUAAGAAGUCCGACACCAGCGUUCAUGGCUCCUCUGACUCGCUGGCCCUGUCCAACAUCACAGGUGCAUCCGGUGACGGUGACGUGAAGGACCGCCCACUGGGUUACUCUCUCCACAACUUCCAUGAGCUGCAGGCCGACGACUGCGAGAAGACCAGCAACAUGGGAACCCUCAACUCCUCCAUGUUGCACCGCAGCGCCACCUCGCUGGUGUCGGAGCAGGAAGAGCGUGUCCCCGAGGAGCUGCCAGAGAGCCGAGCGCCGGCACCGCGCCGGACGCGCUCACAGUCUCGAACGCAGCAAGUCAAGUUCUCCGACGACGUGCUCUACGACGGUUGCUACGGAAACCUCCCGCCACGCCAGCCACCAAUGAGCGAGCGGACCCGCCGGCGAGCGCAUCACUUCGAGGAGCAAGGACAGGAGGUCCGCAGCCACCACCACCGGAGGCACCGCAGCCGCAAGUCACGCUCUGAUAACGCACUCAACCUGCUCCCCAAAGACAGAAGGCAGGUUUACAGAGUGAGCAGUAGGGGGCAGAGCUGCGGGCAGAAAGCUCCACAAGGCUUCAGCGGACCUCUCGACACCAUGUCAGACUACAGGCUUCAGGGUCUGAGGAAGUACUGGGAGGACGAGGACGACUGGUGCUCCACGUGCUCGUCCUCUUCCUCCUCCGACUCGGAGGAGGAGGGCUUCUUCCUGGGACAGCCCAUCCCCCGACCGCACAGACUCUACCGCCCAGAGGAGCUGCCUGUAGAGGGCGUGUGCUCCUCCUUCCAGGCUCAACGGACUAAAUCCAAAAAGAAGAAAGGACGCAAGGGGAAGAACUGUAUCAUUUCUUAGACGAACACGACGCCCUGUCCACACCUGUAGCAUCGGAAACUGCUGUUAAAAGUAUUAUAAUCCUUUAUAUUUAUCAAACAUUGUUACAGUUGUGUAAAUAUUGUACUUAAAAUGGAUAUUUUUAUACCUGGGGGGAACCAGGCGGCUCAAGCGUGCCAGGUCAGGAGGCUCGCCCACACUUGUGACACUAAUGUUCAAUCGCUGGUUGACCUUUGCAGUGACCUUGUGUCGAUGACGUCAUCAGCGAGACUCCUCCCACAUUGAACAAAGGUCUGUAUAAAUGUACAGAUUUAAAUGUAAAAUUAAAGAGGGAACUUAAAA